AAAACAUAACCUCGCUUUUUAACCGAACAAAAAAAUCUUUAUUUUUCUUCUAUUAAGGUUGAUUUAACAAGUAAAUAAGUAAUGGAACCUCCACCUAUUUUACCGGACAUCGAGGAGGAUUUAAAAAAAUACAUAACAAGUCCCGAAAACCUACCAAUUCAUCAAUAUGAAAAAAAUCAAGAAUUUUGGCCUAGAAAUCCAAAUAUAGAGGAAUUAUUAUAUUUUGAAGGAUCUCCACUGAGUACAAACUUAAAGGUUCAAAGAGAUUUAAAUACUGGAAAGAUUACAGGGUUUAGAGAAGUUAGUAUCGACUCUGCAGGGGCUACGGCUAAAAACUCAAUGUCAUUUAAUAGAGCUCCUGCACCGCCUACUGAGGCAACUAGGGGAAAUGCUUCGUAUAUUCCUUUUUGGCCUGGGAGCUUUUCCCAACCUGAAAAUGAUGUUUUGAAGACAAAUCUUGAUUUUAACAUUGGAGAUUUAUUAACGGUACCACCUGGUUUUGAUAGAGGCUUAACAUUUGGCCCUGAUGGUUUUACUGUGGUUGAAAAUGGAACAUCCAGUGAAGUUAAAACUAUGUUGGAAGCAAAAAAUGUUAUUAAUUUACUGGAUUUAGUACAAGAAGAACAAGAUCUCUUAAAUGUUUGGGACAAUGUCAUUGAGAAAUCUGAAGAUUUGCAAAAAUCACAACACAAUUCUUCUGAAACCUCACCAGAAGAAGAAGACAUUCUACCUCAAAGUACUCCCGUGCUUAAUAUAAGUUCCCUACCUCCACCUCAUGCUCCUAAGGGCACUGAAUGGGCCAUUUUACUUGACAGCACACAACCAGUGAAAAACUUUAAAGAAAGGAUACCCGAAAUGGCAAUAAAGUAUGACUUUGAGUUGGAUACUUUUCAAAAAUUGGCCAUUUUACAAUUGGAACAACAUAACCAUGUUUUUGUGGCUGCACAUACGUCGGCUGGUAAAACUGUGGUAGCAGAAUAUGCUAUAGCACUAUCACAAAAACAUAUGACUCGGACUAUUUAUACAUCCCCUAUUAAAGCUUUGUCGAAUCAGAAGUACAGGGAUUUUAAGAAAAAAUUUGAGGAUGUUGGGCUUAUUACUGGAGAUUUUCAAAUAAAUCCGACUGCCUGUUGUUUGAUUAUGACCACUGAGAUUUUGAGGUCUAUGCUGUAUUGUGGCAGCGACAUUACUAGGGAUUUGGAGUAUGUUAUUUUUGAUGAGGUUCACUACAUCAACGACAGAGAGCGCGGUCACGUUUGGGAGCAAGUAUUAAUCCUACUGCCAGCGCACGUAUGCGUAGUGCUGCUCAGCGCAACCGUCCCCAACCCAAUCGAAUUCGCCGAUUGGCUGGGACGGACGCAUCAGCGAAAGGUGUACGUGGUUUGCACCUAUCAGAGGCCGGUGCCGUUGCAGCACUUCCUCUACACCGGCAGAGGGGGCUCCACCAGAGACAAUAGGUUCAUGAUUUUGGACAAUAACACUUGGGUCAAAGCAGGGUUUGUUAAGGCAAAAGCAACCCUGGACGCAGUCCAAAAACCAAACGCCCAUCAAUACAACCUAAACCCUCAAAUGGAAAAAACUUUGUGGUCAGGUCUCAUAGACCACCUAAGCAGAAAUAGACUUCUGCCUGUUAUAGUGUUCACGUUUUCUCGUCAAAAAUGCGAUAUAAACGCUACCAACCUUUCGAAAUUGGAUCUAACCGAUAAAUCUGAAAAGGCUCAAAUAAUGAUGUUCUUUAAUAAGUCGGUAAAAUGUUUAAAGGAACCCGAUAGAGAAAUACCACAGAUUUUAAAGAUGAAGGAUAUUUUGCUUAGGGGUAUCGGCGUGCACCAUAGCGGGAUUUUGCCUAUUAUCAAGGAGAUUGUUGAGAUGUUGUUCCAAAAUGGACUGAUAAAACUUCUAUUUGCGACCGAAACGUUCGCGAUGGGCGUGAACAUGCCGGCACGCACUGUGGUGUUCGAUUCAGUGCGCAAGCACGACGGCAAAGAGCUGCGCGACCUUGAACCGGCCGAGUAUAUCCAGAUGGCGGGCAGAGCGGGCCGAAGAGGACUGGACAAGGAGGGUACCGUUCUCCUGCUCGCCAAAACUUCCGUUCCCAACGAGGACGGUUUGAAGAGAAUGAUGCAAGGCAAACCCAACUCUUUGGUCAGCAAGUUUAGAAUAACCUAUGGAAUGGUUUUAAGUCUUCUCAGAGUAGAAUCCUUGAGUGUGGAAGGAAUGAUGUCAAGAAGUUUCAGAGAAGCUGACCACCAGAAAAAAAUGGUCGACAUCAAAAAGGAACUUGAAGAAGUGGAAAAUCAGUUAAAUGAUCUUUCAAGACAGCAGUUAAGUAACUAUUUGCAACCUUUAGUUCAAUUUUACGACAGUGCGAGUAACUACUUAAGGGAAAGACAGGAAGUAAUAUCUUGGGUUCUAUCUGACAUAAAACUACAAAAAACAAUGGUACCAGGCAGGGUUCUUUUAAUAACAUACAAAAAUUAUAAAAACAAACUUGCCCUACUCCUUAGUUUAGUGCGUUCUAAAACUUUAUUAUACAAAGUAUUGAUUUUGACUGAUCAAAAUCCGGCCAAAGAGGAAAGUGAUAAACCUGAUCUGUGGUUCCAAAUGCUUGGAUUAGCGGAAGAUUCAGUUUUCUUGCCAUUAACAGCACCUAACCAUGAGGUGUUGACUGUAUCUCCAAUUGAUAUAUUUGAGAUAACAGGAAAAAUAAUUAAAGUUGAUACAGAUUUAGUCCUUAAAGAUUGGGAAAAACGUCAAAUGGACCGGUUCAAAUUUGAUCCACCAGGCCAAACCUGCGUAAAAGCAGUACAAGAACUGCAAAAGCUUUCAAUGGCAGCCAACGAAAGACAAAGAGCCGUCAACAAUUUGGAAUACUUGCAUUUCAUUAACGACCUAAAAGUGAACAAGCAAGAAAUAUACGAAAAUCUACAAAUGAUGUACCACAUGAAAACCGCCAUGGUGGAUCAUAUUCACACCACUCAAAUUCCGAAUUUCGAGCAACAAUUCGUCUCGGUUUUUACUCGAAAGUUUUUGGAGGAAAAGAAAAAAGACAUGGAGUUUAAUUUAUCCAACGCCAGUUUGAUUCUUUAUCCUGACUACGAAAAAAGAAUAGAAUUACUCAGGAUUUUCAACUAUGUUGAUAACCAAAACAGAGUGCAAUUGAAGGGUAGGGUUGCUUGUGAGAUGGGUAUGAACGAAUUGCUGAUUACCGAAUUGGUGCUGAGAAAUAUUUUAACAAGGCUUAAGCCAGCUGAAGUUGCUGCUCUUUUAUCUGCCUUAGUUUUUAGAGUAAAACUGAGACACGACGGGUAUGAGUAUGAAGAGAAGGACCUCACUGAGGAUCUAAGACAUGGAAUCCAAGAAGUUAAAAAAGUCCAUGAAGAAAUAGGAGCUCUUGAAAAUAACUUAAAAAUAUCAACAGAAGAAUUUCAAGUAGACCUUAACUUCGGAUUAGUCUUUGUUGUCUAUGAAUGGGCAAAUUCAAAGCCAUUUGCUGAGAUCAUGAACCUAACUGAAAUUCAAGAAGGUAUAAUAGUGAGAUGUAUCCAACAACUUAACGAAACAAUUUGUGACGUCAGAGAUGCGGCAAGAAUUAUCGGAGACCCAGAAUUACAAAGUAAAAUGGAAGAAGCCUCCACUGCCAUUAAAAGGGAUAUUGUGUUUGCUGCAAGUCUUUACACAAGAAACGAAGACAGACCUAAAAGUGAUAAACAUUAGCUUUAUAUAUUUUUAAAUUUUAAUAAAUAAAUAUUUAACUUUUUAAAGUUUUAAGUUUUUUU